CAACGCUGCUCUCUCCGGCUAUUCCCCCUCCGAGACAGUCCCACCAACGUUUGACAACAACUGACGGCGAACGACGGUUUAUUCUCCUCGAUAUAUCGUGUACUCUACUCUAUCCCGUCUUAUCGCUUCCACGACUUUAUUCUUCGCUCUUCGCAGCUCACUCCUCGAUCGACUGGUAUUCGAUGAGCCCGGCCCUGGCUUCGACAGUGAUUUUGAUUGCGUCUUUGGAAGCUGUGCGAUAAGCAAUUAAUCUCCUAUUAAUCUCCUGGCUUUUUCGACCGAAUAGUCUAUACAGCGUACAUUGUAGAGUGUACAAGCUUCAACGGGGUAUAGCUCUUUGGUCAUUUCUUAGUACCUGCGGUCUACCUGCGGUUUACCAAUUUGGACAGAUAAUUCGGACAGUCAAUUCGCACAGACAAUUGCACAGAUCUUGUCCUGUCGAGGGAAGAAAAACGUACAAUAUACAGCAAAAUGCCCUCCUACUUCAUCUUCACCACCACCAACCUUACCCAAUGGAUAGUCUACGUCGUGAGCGCCAUCGACUGGGGCAUCGCAAACGAUCAACUCUUCACGCCCAAGCUCUUAAAAUACUCCAAACGCAUCGUAUCCGAGGACCUGGCAUCUCAGGCAUCUCAAACUCACCAAAGUUCUCAGUCCCAAAGUGGUGGUGCCGUUCGCCCACGCAUCGCCCGGCGCACACGAUGCAAAGUCCUCGCCGCAGCGACACUUUCGCUCCUCCUGGAUAUCAACCGCAUGAUCGGCGUCAUACUGGCCGUCUGCGAGCUCCUGUACCUCGUAAUGUACGCGGAUAAAGCGUGGAUCGCUCUGCUCGAGCUCGCAAUUGGCGCCAUCCACUCGGUCUACAUUGGCGUGGCCGUAGCCCAGACGCAGGUUUUGUGGAACAAGUGGACAGACGUGUUUGCCUUGCCGGCGGAGUAUUUGCCCGUGUCUGUGACGGAAUCGCCAGCGCCGGGUUAUUUCCAGGACAAUGACAGUUGUGGAGAGUACUAUUACCCGGAAGAGAAGACUGCAGCGGCGACGCCGACGACCGAGACUGCGUUGGUCCCAGUGCUGGUGCCGCUGCAGGCGGAUACGCCCGCCGUGACGGAACACAGUGCGGAUAUGCCGCCCCCGUAUGUAGCGCAUGUUGAACAUAUUGAGCGCGAGACGACGGCCCUUGCGGAGACGCGUGCACAGGGCACAGAGGUUUAUGGGUACUGUGAUGAUGGUGUUACGGAGGUUUAACAGACGGUGGAUGCCAAGUAGGUCGUAGAGCAUGGGUUGAUGGAUGGAUUGGAUUGAACUGGAUCAGGAGAGAGGUAUAGAAUCAUUGGGAUUGGGUGCGUAGC